AGACCAGCCUAGCCUAGCCACAGCACUAUCUCUUUUACUUCUCGAAUCUAUUCCCAUUCGCUCUUUCUUUGCCUAUCCCUUACCUUCGUAUUUUUCUAUUCCAUUUUUCCACUCGUAUCUCUCUCCUUUUAUUACUUUUGUUUCACUUAUUUUCCCUCCCAAGACCAGCGUUUUUAUUUGGUUCUUUCUUCACCUGUUUCGGCCAAAGUUUGCGUCUGUCUGCCCAAGUCGUUAAUCCCAGAGAAAACCCAUCAAAUUACCCGUUUUUGGAAUCUGGGUCUUGCGUUUUUUAUUCCGAUUCCGUUUGUUUUCACCGUUUUCGGUUGGUUUUAGAAGCCUGAGAUUUUUUUUUUUUAAAAAUUAUCUUGGAUUUGGAGUGGAUAUUAAGUUGUGUCUGGUUCAUGGGAUUUCCGAGCGAUUUUCAAGAGAUAAUAGCUUUGUGUUGAAUUGGAGAAAAGAAGGAUGAAGAGAGGGAAAGAUGAGGAGAAGAUAGCGGGACCCAUGUUCCCAAGAUUACAUGUAAAUUAUGCAGAUAAAGGAGGGCCAAGAGCGCCUCCAAGGAAUAAGAUGGCUCUUUAUGAGCAACUCAGUAUUCCAUCUCAGAGGGGCAAUUCUGCUUCUGGGGUUGUUCCUCUCAACCCCAAAUUCUCAGCCAAUUCGGUUCCCUCAUCAUCCCCAAGUCAGGGAAGUGGUUUUGAGAGAAACUUGUUUUUUCCACGUCACUUGCCUCCAUCAACACCAACUCAUUGGUCUGAAAAGUGUCACGCUCAUCAUUCUGAUGUAAGAAAUGGAAAUAAUAUGGAGGCACGACUUGAACAAAGAAAGAAGGUUGGAGACAAAGAUGAUUUUAUGGUUCCUGUAUUUGUUCAAGCUAGGGUGGGUAAGAGCAGUGAUAAAACUCAAAACACCAUUGAUAGGGAAUCAGUUUCUUCCAUGAGCUCUCCUUGUUCCGGACAGCCAGUGGAGCGGCAAAAUAUCUCUAAAAAGGAUCCUAAACAAGAUAAUUCAGUGGCUGUCAAUUUUAGACAAGAGAUGAGAAGUGAGAGAAAAGAGAACAUGAAAGGAUGUGACCGAAGUGGGAAUACUGUAAUAUCUGCCACAGAUCAAUCAAACAGAGAAAUGAUCGACGGGGCUAUGAAGGAAGCAAAAACAUCUUCGAAUCAAGCGCAUCGAGGGCGUGCUGUCUCUAAUUUGAGCAGGUCACAUGAUGGCGACGUGUGCUCAAAUCAAGACUCUAGAGUUGGAGCACGUCUAUAUAGUUCUAGACAAGAUGAUGACCGUGUCGAUUCUACCAGGGAUAUUGAGGGGGCAAAUACUUCCCAGUCGAGGAGUGUGUCCCUCUGUAGAGAGGAUCAUGGCAGGCCUGGUGAAACUGAGAAUGUUAGCAAACAGAAUAGCAAUAGCAACAGGACAUGCAUUUCCUUGCAGCUUGAAAAUGCAGAUAAAGGGGAUGAUCUCUCUGAGACCUCAGUGGUGGACUCCAUAUCUGACUUCCAUAUCUCUCCUGAUGAUAUUGUUGGAAUUAUAGGUCAAAACCAUUUCUGGAAAGCAAGAAGAGCAAUUGUCGAUCAGCAAAGAAUGUUUGCAAUGCAAGUUUUUGAGUUGCAUAAAUUGAUAAAGGUCCAAAGACUGAUUGCUGGAUCACCUCAUCUCUUGCUUGAACAUGGUGCUUUCUUGGGAAAAUCUACUUUGAAGAGCUCACCAACAAAGAAGCUCAUACCAGAGUUUGUUGUAAAGCCACUCCCUCGUGUGGCCAACUGCAAAGGCGAUUUUGAAAAGCCAAAUGAGAAAAUGGAAUGUUCUGCGGAAAAUGCAGUUAGCAAGACUUCUCUUUCUUCAGCGAAAACUGGUAGUCAGUCAUUUAGUUAUCCGCCAUAUGCAGGAAAUCCCCAGCCAGUGGUUACAAGACCUGAUAAUAAAAUGGGCCCUUGGUGUUUCCAUCAAUCACCAGGGCCUCAGUGGUUGGUUCCUGUGAUGUCUCCUUCCGAAGGACUUGUAUACAAGCCUUAUCUGGGUCCUGGAUUACCGGGAGCAGUUUAUGGAGGACACGGACCUUUUGGCUCGACUCCUAUGCCAAGUAAUUUCCCGAAUUCAGACUUUGGAAUUUCAGCUUCUCAUCAUCAAGGAAUUGAGGUUUUUCCUGGCACUUCUCCCGUUGGUCAUACAUACAUUCCUCCAUAUGGCAUGCCUGUCAUUAAUCCAGCCAUGUCUUGUUCGGCUGUUGAACAAGUGAACCAGUUUGCGGGAACUAGUCCAGUACCGGGAGAGAUGGUGGCAAACUUGAACACGGAGCAACAAAGCUCUUGUAGUGUGCCAGCCCGUGAGAAUGGAUCUGAAUCCCAACCUCGAAAGUUUCAGGCAUCCAAAGGCAGUGAAUUACAAGGAAGUACGGCUAGCAGUCCUGGUGAUAGAGCACAAGGAGUCGAAAUCGGUCACAAUGCCAAAGUAAGAGACCCUCUUCUGCUGUUUCCCAGGGCUCCCGUGGUUCCAGAGGAUGCUUCCCAGCCUCAUGAGGCUGCUGCCCCGCCACCGCCCCAAGUGAUCAAAGUUGUGCCACACAAUCCUAGGUCUGCGACCGAAUCAGCUGCUCGAAUUUUCCGAUUUAUACAGGAAGAGAGAAAACAGUACAACCUCGUCUAGUUUGAUCGCUUUCUGGAAGAUGAUCGUCGAUGCUGGUGCUCUCCUGUCCUAUGUCCGUUUUGGGUAAGCUAAUUGUGUAACAGAUAUAACAGAUCUUUUUCAUAAUUGUUUUACUUUUUGACCAAAUUGUAGUAUAUGAAGAUUGUAGAUAGCUCUGGAAUAUCACAACUGCUAAAUGAAAUAUGUUCAUAUGGUAGUCUCAUUUCAAAAGUUCCCUGUUCCAAGUAUUGGGAGUAGCAUCGACAUUUGCUUUUGGAAUGAGAGGGAUGAAAUAUCACCUAUGAGCUUGAUACUUGUUUGUUCGCAGAAAUAUUUACUGAGUUCACAUGUAUGAAUUUUAUAAAGAGAAUAUCGAUCCAAAAUGUCAUGUUCUGGUCGAUUUUUUUUUCCCCUGAUUGAAUUCACGGGCUUUAUAACAGUUCCACAUAAUAUUUCACACCAUUUAUAAUGUAUUCUUACGAACUUACAAAAAUGAACUAAGGCGCGCACCAUUCAGCCUGUUU